AUGAACGACCAAAUGGAUUCGUACAUCAAAUGGAGAGAGAGGGAUAGGCUGCCCGAUACCCCACAGUUGGUUCUGGAGCUAGGCGGCAGCCCGUCAGUCUGGACGGAGUCUCGGAACCAAAACUAUUCUGUUUCAGCUUCUCUUCGCAGGAUAUACACCGGACCCGAGAACCCAGCAGUUUCCGAACGAGCCGCCAUCAUUCUAUACAGCGGAGGCAAAGAUAACUAUGACCGCUGCAAAGUUACCCAUCAAUUGUCUUUUCCCGAUACCUGGCAAAAGCUCUUACAGCCAGGUUAUACCUAUAGCCUUCUCUGGACUGGGCAAGAGAUUGCAAACUGGGAUUGGGGCACGCAGCUGGAGGUGGGAAAUAAGCCCAAGUGGCCACCGGUCUUGGUUCCGGGGGGUGCACAUAUCACAUUCACAGUGAACGAAGGGGAGCGGCCUCCUAUUCCGCGGCCUACAACACCACCGCCUAUCAGCCCAAGUGAAAGAGUUCCAGGGGCACCAGUUCUUAGUCUAGAGCUGAGCUGUAGCCCAACAAUGCCUCUGACAGGGAGUCUGGAGAUCUCUAUCAGAGUGAUAUACCACGGUCUACCGGACAACAAUAACAACAUAACCGGGGAUGAAGAACUCCGACCAAUCACUUUCCACACCUAUGCAUUCAAACCGGUAGAUGGCCAAUUCCGCGUCUAUCGCCAUCGCUGUCGAGAUCAAUCUAGUCUAGAGACAGAGGAGGAAUGGGAGACAUUUGAGGGCGACGGCUAUCGACAUCAGUUUUGGGACAAUCCCGAUAAGCUGAUAAAUGUGUCCGAGAACCCAGAUGGUCAGUUCCCGACCCUCUUCCCUGGGGAAUCCUGGUCAGACUCCUGGACAAUGACGGCGGACGGGGACGGACUACCCGAUGACCUGAAACCCGGCGAGCGGCUCCGAUACCAGUUCAAGGGAAAUACACUGGACUGGUGGAGGCUCACGCCCAGACCAUCGUAA